CCGCAGACUUGUGGAAACAACUGAACCACUCCAUCUUCUACAAAAGCAUCUAACAACUCAACUUUCUAGUUUUGUGUUAAUGCCCAAAUUACCCUUACCAGAUGCUUUCCUCGAAUUCCUUCGAGAGAAUGGACUGGACCCUUUGAUUUAUACAGCCGCGGAUUCAAUUCCUCGAUAUAUAAGGUUGAAAGAGGGGAGUGAAGCUGACUUAGAAGAGAUUGAAGCUGAGGUAGAAUGUAAACUUGAGAAAGUCGUUUGGUUGGAUGGCUUUUAUGGACUUCCUCCUUAUAUAAAGAUUACUAAGUCAAGGGCAUAUAGGGAAGGAAAGUUAUAUGGAAUGGAUGCAGCUUCCGGAGCUGCUGUUUCGGCAAUGAAUCUCUCAGUGGGGGAUCAUGUGCUUGAUCUAUGUGCCGCUCCUGGUGCUAAACUCUGUAUGAUUCUGGACAUUCUUGGUAAUUCUGGUUCUGUAACUGGAGUUGAUGUUGCAAGACACCGUCUAGCAGCUUGUAGAACACUGGUGCAGAAAUAUGCUAUAGGAGAUAGGUGUCGACUCUUUGUUGCUGAUGGAACAACAUUUUCCCUUGUUCCCACAAGGCCUCAAUUGAAUUCUGGAUCAAUUAGUCAAUCUGAAAGAAAUGAUGAAUCUGCAUUGGAACAAAGGUCAGAGACAUUUAGGGAGUGGACUUUUAGGAGACCAUGGAAAGAAAGAAAAAGAGCAGCUAAAGUGAUGGCAAGUGCUGAUUCAGAGUUGGUUCCCAGGAAUGAACAUCCUGAACUUAUAUUCUAUGGGCGCCAUUCUGGCAUAGUUGGGCUCAGUAGAAGUGAAUUGUAUCGUAGUGUGUGUAACGGUGAAGUUUCAUUGUCUGGCUAUGACAAGGUCCUUGUCGAUGCUGAGUGUACUCAUGACGGGUCAAUUAGACAUGUCCAGAAAUUUGAGAAUUGGGGCUGGGCAACCCUUCAACGCCGUGUUUUGGAUGCAGAUAGAACUGAUAGUUUGACCAAUCUUCAGUUAAAACUUCUUACCAAUGGUUUUAGGUUACUAAAAGUUGGGGGGUCGCUAGUGUACAGCACUUGCAGUUUGACAGUUGCUCAGAAUGAAGAUGUGGUAGAGCAGUUUCUAAAGGAAAAUGCCUUUGCUGAGUUGCAAGAAAUAGAUGCUGCCAAAGAUUGGCCUUUCAGGAGCGGGAGGAUACCAAAGACCUUGCGCUUUGACCCCUUAACGUCAAGAACCAGUGGACUAUUUGUAGCAAAGUUCACAAAAUUGGGCAUAUGAUUUUCCUUUUUCCCCUAUAAGAUAAUUUUGCCAUAUGUGCUCAUAAGCUCCAUGGUUGUCACUAAACGACUGUAGUCUUGAUGAUUAGAGAGUGAUUACAAUAUUAACUUAUUAGUGGACCAUUUCCAUUUGAUUAUGAAGUCGCAGUAACUUUCUGCGUGCUC